AUGAAGGUUUCAUCCGCUGCCGUCGCUGUUGGUGCCCUCGCCAUGGGCGCUGAGGCCAAGAACUACCUUGGUUUCAACUCCGGUGCCACCCUCGCCAACCGCGAGGCCAAGUUCAAGGCCGACUUCCAGGCCGAGUUCGAGACUGCUCAGGGCCUCAAGACCUCCCCCGGCGACUUCAACGCUGUCCGACUCUACACCAACAUCCAGGCUUACUCCGAGGAUGACCCCAUCGAGGCUUUCGAGGCUGCCAUCGACACCAAGACCCAGAUCCUCCUCGGUGUCUGGACCUCCGGUACCGACUCCAUCGACAAGGAGAUCAGCGCCCUCAAGAAGGCCGUCCAGAAGUACGGCUCUAAGCUGACCGACCUCAUCAUUGGUGUCUCCGUCGGUAGCGAAGAUCUCUACCGUAACUCCGUUACUGGUGUCAAGAACAAGGGUGGUGUCGGUGUUCAGCCCGACGCCCUCGUCGACUUCAUUGACGACUUCCGCAAGGCCUUCAAGGACACCCCCAUCUCCAAGGUUCCUCUCGGCCACGUCGACACCUGGGACGUCUGGGGUAACGCCACCAACAAGCCCGUCCUCGAUGCCAUUGACUUCAUUGGUGUCGAUGAGUACCCCUACUACGAGAACGGCAAGGGCAACAGCAUCGACAACGCUGCUAAGCUCUUCGACAAGGCUUUCGAUGCCACCGUCGCUGCUGCUGGCGGUAAGCCCGUCUGGGUCACCGAGACUGGCUGGCCUUACAAGGGUCCCGACUGGGAUGAGGCCAAGCCCAGCGUCAAGAACGCCCAGAAGUACUGGCAAGAGGUCGGCUGCAAGAGCCUCUUCAACAAGGUCCCCACCUUCUGGUACAACCUCCGUGACUCCAACCCCGACAACAAGAUGAAGUUCGCCAUUACCGAGAACCUCUCCACCACCCCUCUCUUCGACCUCUCUUGCGACAAGGUUGACGACAAGGAGACCUCUAGCUCCGCUGAGUCCAAGACCAAGACUUCCACCGCCACUUCCAAGUCUACUGGCGAGUCUCACACCACCGGCACUUUCAUCACCGCUACCGCCUCUGCUACCGGCUCCAGCGAUGACGAUGAGGACUCCACUGCUACUGGCUCUGGCUCUGCUUCCAAGCCUACCUCCGGCUCUGGCUCCAGCUCUGGUGAUGCCUCUGAGUCUGGCUCUUCUGGCUCCGGCUCCGAGUCCGGCUCCGCUGGUUCUGCCUCCGAGUCUGGCUCUGCUGGUUCCGGCUCUGGCUCCGGUUCUGAGUCUGGUUCCGAGACUGGCACCGGCUCCGAGGCUGCUGAGACCCCCAGCACUGUCAACGCUGCUGCUGGCUUCACCGCCUCUGCUGCCGCCAUUGCCUUCUUCGCCAUGCUUGCUCUGUAA